AUGAAAGUACAAUUUCUUGUGUGUGAUAAUACAGUCAUGUCAGGCUUAAACUUCAGAAUUGCAAUUGUGAUGAUUGUAGUUUGCAGGAUAUACACAGGUGUCAAUGAAUCCGUUAUCGUAAGUCCAUCAGAGGUCACUGUUCCAGAGGGGUCAUCACUGACAUUAACCUGCACGUAUACUGGAAAUGAUCAGCUGUAUGGAAUAACAUGGACAAAUAAUGGUAACGAUUCAGGACGAAAAUACGAUAUUACAAUUGAACUCUCCAAGCCAUGUACACUAUUUGGAAAACCUGGUCUCAACGAAACUCUCUUCACCUACACCUGUUUUACAUUAACUGUUUUAAAUGUGACACGGAACAACCAAAGAGACAAUUUUACAUGUGCAGCAGUUGCUGGUGCGGGGACCAGAAGAAGUGACAAUAGUGUUAUCGUCUACGUGUCAGUGCCAAUGUCAACGAUAGUUCUGGCUUCACCGACAGAGGCAAUUGUCACAUUAGCCGCAGGUGCAUCGAAGACAUUUACCUGUCGUACAUCAGGAGGACUUCCUAAACCAACAGUGGAAUGGUAUAAGACGUCUAGUAAUAACUGCGCCAGGAAUAGCCUCAGGAUAACAACUAACAUAUCGAUAUCCCCCUCUGAAAACAAUGGUCUGAUUCAAGUUGAAAGUUCAUUAGAUUUCACAGUAUCAAGUACGGACGAUUAUAUGAGAAUUUGUUGUGCAGCAAGUAAUACUGGCUCGCAGUGGAAACUGUCAGGAACGAAACUUCUAAACAUAAGAUAUCAUCCGGGUUUGCCGACAUUGCAUUUAGACAGUACUUUAGGACCAGUUAUCGACGGUCCGUUAAAUAUUGUGGUUCAGCAACCGUUCACUCUUGCAUGCAACGCUUCGUCUAAACCUGCGGCCAACUACACUUGGACGGGAGGAGUGAACGUUGCCCAAGGUCAGCUCCUACAUGACACGUUAAUUUCCAAGAUUAACACCAUAAGGACGUGUAUUGCAAAGAAUACAAUAAAUUACACAGCAGAAACAGCCACUACAGGGUCAUCUUCAGCUACUGUCACUAUACAUAUAAAUUAUCCUCCUGAAGAUGUAAGCAUCAGGCACGAGUCAGAAUCCGGAAUUAACAUUCAAUCCGAGUUCAGAGUAAUCAAAGGAGAUGCGGUCAAACUAUACUGUAGUGUACAGAGUCAGCCGCCGUCGUCAUAUACAUGGUCAGGAGAAGGCAUACACUCGCUUGGUAGUAAUCUUGUAUACAGCAAUACGCUUCAGUCAAAGACUGGGACGCUAUCGUGUUUCGCAGGAAAUAGUAUGAUGCAUGGAAACCAAGCAGUGAAUGGAUCCGCUUCGAAAAACAUUUCUUUAAAUGUUCUUUAUCCUCCAAAGCUUCAGACUUUACCCCGGAUAAAUGCUAUAGAAGGAAAUACAAUUUUGAUCCAGUGUCGGCAUACGGCGGGAAACCCGAUGAAAACAAUGUCAACGAUCACCAGAACAGUUGACGACGUCAGUUGGAUUGGAGACUCUCAUACAAUACAGAUAAUCAACCGAACAGACGCUGGUAUUUACAGAUGUACAGUCGAGAACUCGAUGGAUCCUACUGGAGCAGCAAUACGGACAGGGAUAGACGCAGCUGACUUUGAGAUUAGCGUUUGGUUCAAUACAUCAAUUUCAAGAUUCGGCGUCAGCACCUUUCCAAACCAAAACAUCGUUACCAUAAGUGAGUCAGAGCGACUUAUUAUCGAAUGUGAGGUUUUAAGCAACCCUCAUUCUACGAUCAGAUUGAAGCAAAACCACAUGGCUGCAAUUAUUUUGGAAAAAGAACAUGUUCACGAAUUAGAGUUCGUAAUUCAAAAUACUUCAUGCUUUGAUUCUGCUGUCUACACAUGUUCCGCCUUCAACAACUACACAGACAUUACUAGAACGCCGUCUAAAGAGUUGCAGUUGUUUGUUCGAUGCUCACCCAGACCUUCGAACCAUCAUAGUCACUUAAAACGAAAUUUCACUGGAUUUAUACAUGGAAAUAUAACGUUUGUCUUGAUGGUUGUUGCAUAUCCUCUUCCAGUGUUUGAAUGGCAAAUGUGGAAUGGAACGUUUUAUGAUAAAGUUGAGGGAGAUAAUUAUGUUGUAUUUUCCUCAUAUCUUUUCACAUCAUUAACUAUUUUGGACAUGCAAGGGGCAAAUUUUGCCUCAUAUAUGUUCGAGUUUCGAACGGGAUUAAUCCACAGUUGCAAGAACUAUUUUACCUCAACCCUCAAGACGAAAUUACGAGUGUUCGAUCAAAAGAUCCUUACCGAAGACGAAAGAUGCCCAACCAGGAUCAUGCGUCCAUAUUUCUGACAACAUGGGAUUCAAUACUGCCGUGUCACACGAGGUGAGGUCAGCGGCACCAGGCGCAUCUGUUUACGAAGCUACAGAUGCUGCAAAGGAUGGAAGAUCAUGUUUACAACAACACGAUGCUAUACGACUCGGUGCAGGCUGUGUUUUAAUACAUCCAUUGCUUAUAUUGAGCCACAUGCAAACGUGCCCACCAUAGAUUUAUUAUCAUGCAAAUGACUACAGUAUGUUGAAGCAGUUCAAGAUUAUUAGCAUGUGCACAUUGAAAAGACCAUCCCUAUGAUAUGUUUUAUUACCUACUCUCGUUAGUUAAAUAAUAUAGGCACGCGCUCUUACAUACUUUAUUCUGAGUAUACUGAUCACAUCGGGAUUGAAUUAAGAGUAACUUGGAGUAUUAGAUAUUAAAGGGUUGAUCCCCUACGCACUCGGGCUCUAAACCAUUUUACGGGUCUUUGCAGAUGGUAAAGACCGAAAAAAGGGUAUACUAUCGCUAUAAUUGCAUUAAAUACAAAUGACCAGUUACUUUUGUGGUUUAAAACCUGUUAAAAGUCAGUCAUGAAAAUGCAAAAACAAUUAGUUCAAAAUAACCUCCUUUACAGGUUACGCGAUUAGCGGUGUUUUUGAAAAAGUUUUACAAUACGUUCGAUCAGGGCCGAUAAUUAUUGUUUUCUCAUGUGUGCUUGUUUUCUAAUUAAAUCCGAAUCCAGUUUUCUUAAUAAGUCGAAUCCGGAAUACCUUUUCUCGUCAUCAUCGAACAUUAGCUGCAAUCCUGCGUACCAAAGAUGCGACCAAUUCCAACCAAUCAAUAUGAAGCUUCUCAAAACAAACAAAAAUGCGAAAAUAAUUUUGAGAGCUCGAAUGUUUGGUUUUACAAACUCAUUUCAUGGGCAAAUUCUACAAGUGUAUAUUUACCAGGCGCCCAUAUCAACAUAAAAUGUUUUAAACAUUUAUGAAUUCGUUGACGUAUACUGUAUAUUUUUGUCCAUUUCAUAUUAUUUACAUAUUUGAACCUUAUGUUUUGUAAUCACAUCAUGCCCAAUGUUUAACAUUUGAUAAUUCGUCACUGUACUCUAUAUACUUAU